GUCCGGAUGGCGUAGUUGCGCCGCGGCGCAGCAGCUGCUGGAGCUCACCGCCGCCGAGAGCUGGGCGGGGAAACUUUCCUCCGCGUUCCUCCGACUUGCGGCGGGUGGAUCUCUGCGUGACACGCCGCCUCCGAGGACUUCGAUCACUUGACACAUUACAAAUUUGUUGUCUUUCUCCCCCAUGAGAAGGCAAUUUGAAAAUUGGAAAGAAGGAUUUUUUAAGGCCACUUCUGAUUUGCAAAGUCUGUCUACAAUCUGAAGAAGUCUCGGCUGAGGGUGACUAAAUGGGGCACGCUUCUGGAGAAAUCAAAAUGGCUUCUUACUAUGUGAUUGCCAUGUUUGCCUUGCUGAGUUCCUGUGUAGCCACUGCCGAUCCAGAGCCCGGGACCCAGUGUGAAGUGUCGCCUGUCAACGCCUCCCAUCCUGUCCAGGCGUUAAUGGAGAGCUUCACUGUCUUGUCGGGGUGUGCCAGCAGAGGCACGACGGGGCUGCCACAGGAGGUGCACGUCCUGAACCUCCGCGCUGCUGACCCAGGGCCUGACCAGCCUCAGAGAGAGGUCACUCUGCACCUAAAUCCCAUCUCCUCGGUCCACAUUCACCACAAGCCUAUCGUGUUUGUGCUCAACUCCCCACAGCCCCUGGUCUGGCAUCUGAAGACAGAGAGGCUGGCAGUUGGGGUCUCCAGACUUUUCUUGGUGUCUCAGGGUUCCAUGGUCCAGUUUUCAUCAGGAAACUUCUCCUUGUCAGCAAAAACAGAAGAAAAGAGAUUCCCUUAUAGAAACGACCGUCUGCUAAGUUGGGCUCGAAAGGAGUACGGAGCAGUCACUUCAUUCACUGAACUCAAGAUAGCAAGAAACAUUUACGUUAAAGUGGGGGAAGAUCAAGUGUUCCCUCCCACGUGCAACAUAGGGAAGAAUUUUCUCUCGCUCAAUUACCUUGCUGAGUACCUUCAGCCCAAAGCAGCGGAGGGUUGUGUGAUAUCCAACCAGCCCCAGGAUAAGGAAGUACACAUCAUCGAGUUAAUUACCCCCAGCUCUAACCCCUACAGUGCUUUCCAGGUGGAUAUAAUAAUUGACAUAAGACCUUCUCGAAAGGAUCUUGAGGUGGUCAAAAAUCUCAUCCUGAUCUUGAAGUGCAAAAAGUCUGUCAACUGGGUGAUCAAAUCUUUUGAUGUUAAGGGAAACCUGAGAGUUGUUGCUCCUAACAGUAUUGGCUUUGGGAAAGAGAGUGAAAGAUCCAUGAUAACAACCAAAUCAGUAAGAGAUGACAUUCCUUCAACCCAAGAGAAUCUGUUCAAGUGGGCUUCGGACAAUGGCUAUAGUCCAGUAACAUCAUAUACAGUGGCUCCUGUGGCUAAUAGAUUCCAUCUUCGGCUUGAAAACAGUGAGGAAAUGAGAGAUGAGGAAGUCCAUACCAUCCCUCCUGAGCUACGGAUCCUGCUGGACCCUGGCAAUCUGCCUGCCCUGGAGAACCCACCCAUCCGGGGAGGGGGAGGCCGAAAUGGAGGUUUCCCCUUUCCUAUCCCCGAUAUCUCCAGGAGAGGCCAGAUGGAAAGGGGAGAUGAUGGGAUCCCCCAGCCAAGGGACCCUAUCGUCCCCAGCUUGCGGCUGUUUCCUGGUCCCGAAGAGCCCAAGGAGGUGCAAGAGAAUGUGGAUAUUUCCCUGUCAGUCAAAUGUGACAGUGAAAAGAUGGUCGUAUCUGUAGAAAAAGAGUCUUUUCAGGCCAACAACUACUCGGGGAUGGAGCUCACUCUGUUGGAUCCUACCUGCAAGGCCAAGAUGAAUGGCACCCACUUCAUUUUGGAGUCUCCCCUGAGUGGCUGUGGUACUUGGCACCGGCGGUCAGCCCCGGAUGGAGUGAUUUAUUAUAACUCUAUUGUGAUGCAGGUUCCAUCGCCUGGGGAUAGUAGCGGCUGGCUAGAUGGUUAUGAAGAUCUGGAGUCAGGUGAUCAUGGAUUUCCGGGGGAUAUGGAUGAAGGAGACACUUCCUUCUUCAGCCGGCCUGAAAUUGUGGUGUUUAACUGCAGCCUGCGGCGAGUGAGGAAUCACAGCGGCUUCCAGGACCCACUCCACAGGAAUGUCACUUUCAACAUGGAGCUCUAUAACACUGACCUCUUUCUCGUGCCCUCUCAGGGGGUCUUCUCUGUGGCAGAGAACGGACACAUUUAUGUUGAGGUGUCUGUUACUAAGGCUGACCAAGAGUUGGGCUUUGCCAUCCAAACGUGCUUUAUCUCUCCAUAUUCAAACCCGGAUAGGAUGUCUGAUUACACUAUCAUUGAAAACAUUUGUCCUAAAGAUGAAUCUGUGAAAUUCUACAAUCCAAAGAGGGUGCACUUUCCUAUUUCCCAAGCUGAGAUGGAUAAGAAGCGAUUCAGCUUUGUGUUUAAGUCCAUUUUCAACACCUCACUGCUCUUUCUACAGUGUGAGCUCACGCUGUGUACGAAGAAGGAAAAGGACCCCCAGAAGUUACCUAAGUGUGUGCCUCCAGAUGAAGCCUGCACCUCGCUGGACGCCUCAAUGAUCUGGGCCAUGAUGCAGACUAAGAAGACCUUUACCAAGCCCCUUGCUGUGAUCCACCAGCAAGAAGAAGUUAAAGAAACCAGUCUAAGCAUUAAGGAACCGAAUCCAGUUCCUCCACAGAUCUUCCAUGGUCUGGACACCCUCACCGUGAUGGGCAUCGCAUUUGCAGCAUUUGUGAUCGGAGCACUCCUGACAGGGGCCUUGUGGUACAUCUAUUCUCACACAGGGCAGACGGCAGGAAGGCAGCAAGUGCCCACCUCCCCGCCGGCCUCGGAGAACAGCAGCGCGGCGCACAGCAUCGGCAGCACGCAGAGCACGCCCUGCUCCAGCAGCAGCGCAGCCUAGCUCCCCGCCUCCGCCCGGAGGGGACCGGCGGCCUCCCGCCCGCCCCGCGUGUCCGCGCCGGAAGGCAGCAGCGCGGUGCCAUUGCGGAGAGAGAGUGAAUUCCAACACGCAGGCCACCUGUUGUAUUCCUCCCCCGCCCAGGGCUAAUACACGUGUGCCCCCUGGGCUUCUGUAACACACUAGAACUCCUGUGAGAAAGCCAAGGUGGUGGCCUUCUCCACCAGCCCCGCCCGGGCUUGGGGGUUUUCAAUGUGAAACACGUGCCAGUUUUCAAAAUGCUGCUUUGUCCAGGUAAGACUGUCCAUAAUUUGGGGCCCCGAGAUUUACCCUGACUCGAGGAGUUGGUGAGAGGAUGAUAACCAGACAGUAGGACCAGUGAGGAGAUAUGGCCAAAGAGCCUUGUAUAACUGAACCAAGAUGUAUAACACAAGAAAUACUUCAAGAUUUUCUCAGUGUGUUCCUCCGUGUCUAAUUUGCACCUUCUGGACACACACUUCUCACUUUGCUGUCACACCCUCUGGGGGCUGAUGUUGUCUGCUUGAUGGGUGCCGCCCUCAGGGACUGCACCCUGACACACAUCACAACAACAUUCCUUUCUAGGGCCCUGGGCCAAAACCAGUGCUGAUAACCUUACCUGCUCCCCCCUGUCCCACACUCGCACACCGACUGCAAAAAUGUCUUAAUGCAAAGUUUGUAUUGCUUCAUAAGCAUAUAGAAAUAGAAAAUGGCCAAAAUCUGGGACUGCAUGUUUGUCCCCAUUUAUGACAUUGCAUUCUGAGAAAAAUUAUAAAUUGGGGCAAAUUUAGUUUUAAAGUUGGAGAGGAAUUUGCACAGUAAUAUAUAUGCAAGUACAGGUAUAGACCAUGUCAUCUGGCACAUUUGUUUUCUCCGUUGGAAAAGAGAAAAUGCAUUCCCCUUUUUAAAAGACCCUGUGUCUUCAGAGUUGCAACUUAAGUGUAUUUGGGAGAAUUAGUAUUUCCACUCAAAACGUGUCAACCUUGUUAAUAGACCCUUUUGUGAAAAACGAAGCUCUUGUUCGUGCAAAUGCACGGCAGAUCCUGUUGGUUUCUGGUUGGUUAUCUGAACAGUGUCACCGAUUCUGCCAAGAAAGUGCUGAGAUCUGGAAAAGGGCACUCGUGUGGACUGCUUUAGUUCUCUUGCCUUAAAUAUAUUCCAACCUCAAAAAAGGAUUUGAGAUGGAUUUCAUUAAAAUGGAAUAAUAUCAUGCCACUUUGCAGCUAAAAUAAGCUCAACUGAUAGUCUGUGUUAAAAAAGAAGGCCGAGGAAAGUUGCCAUGCCAAUUCAUUUACUACUGAGAAUAGCUUCGUUGCAAAGAAAUAUUCAUCUUCUUCCAGAAUUCUCCCCCAAAUGACUCCAAAUCCUACAGAAAGAACAGGCUAGUUUCUACUCCAAAAUAUUCAUAAGUGAAUCUCACUGCCCUUAAAAUAAGGAAGUUGUGCCUGGUUCUCUGAAUGGAACCCUAAAGACCUGAGGGCAGUGUCUGUCAGCCCACAAGUAGGUGGAGAUACUGACAGUCAUUGAUAUGAUACUGAUCUGUCAUGUUGGUCACUGAUAUGAUAGACAUAUCAUCCAAUCAUAGAAUAAUACUCUGAUUUGAUAAGUAUAGAUAUUCAAUCUGCAUAAUAUUAACCAGAACAGAUUACUUGAGGGCUAAGAUUUCCAGGCUGCCUGCAUUGAUUUAUUGAAAAUUUUGCAGAUUUCCACAUACAAAUGAAGAUACGAGAUUAGAGAAUUGAUUUCCUUCAGUUAAUUUUUUAACAUAAGGGUAUCAGAGUGGAGGACCUAGAUUAUGCUACCUGUGUUUGAAAAUAAUGCGCUUUGCCUAACCUUCAGCAGAAUGUAUUGUUUUAGCAUAUUCUAUGUAUAAAAAAGUUUAAAGAUGUCUUCAAAGAAGACUAGAGUCUUUAAGUCACAUAUAGCUAUAUUUUACUACAAAAAUGUGUGUAUAAAGAUAUAUUUAAGUGUUUUAGAUAAAUUUAAAUUACUCCAUAUGAAAUGUUUAAUUUCAGUUACUGUGAAUUCUUUUGAUCAGUUCUUUGCUGUUUAAAAAACCCUUUCCAUCCUCUUAAAAACAAAAUCAUCUAUUAAGAGGUAUUAAACAGAUCCAGUUCUUUAGAUGGACAGGGUUAAAACCUUUUGUGAUGAUUAUAUUUAAAUGUAUAUUUUUGAGAGAGAUGCUACAUUGCCAAUGAUUUUAUAAAUAAUUUAAAAUUAAUUUACAAAUUUAUGGAUGCAAACCAAAAGAUUUUAAAAGAAAGAGAAGGAAAAAAAAUCACCUUUUAAUUGUUUGGGUCUUACUGUCAGAAGUAUUAUUCAGAUCAAGAAAUCUGUGUUGAUAAUAAACCCGGUCCCAUGUUCACUGGAGAGUGAAUGUCAUUAAUUAAGUAUCUCAGAAAUGUUUCUAAAAAAUGUUUUUUUAAAAAAAGUGUUCUCUCCCCAGUUUUGUAUUACAGCAUUUCUAAUCACUUCAUACUUCACAGUUUCAAUACAAAGUACAAGCUCUAGUUUAUAACAAGUUCUGCAAGUUUCCUUAAAGCUGUUGUUAUAUUCCAGUUAAAUGCUUCUGUCUACAAAGUCUUUCAUUACUUCUGCCGGCUACACUCUAAUUCACAGAGAUCAUUUUUGUUGUGUUUGACCAAGCCAAAGCUAUUGUUGAAAUGCUCCAAACUCCCCAGGCAGAGUGUCUGUGGGAUGGAUACCUUAUAGCUUUUCACCAUGUGGUAUUCACCAGCAGUUCCUCUGUUUUUAAAGUCAGAGGUGUCUUCUGUCUGAGCUGCUUCUAGAGCAUUGUCUACACAAACAAACAAAAAUGGUCUUUUCCUUGUCUGUGAUAAGACUGUAAACCCAUGUUCUGUGUGUGUUCUGUAGGGGGCGUGGUUGUGAGUGUGUGUGGGGGGGUGCGCACAUGCGUGCUGGUCAUUUCGUACAGUAACUACCUCAUGGUGUGAGUGAUGGUUGUGGUAACAGAGCACAUUUGGUUGGGCGAAUUGUGUGUGUGUGACCUUUUUCCUGUUUGUGUUAUCUGGGGGUUGUUCAUGAAACUGACAGAUGUUUUUCUAAAAAGGACUAUUAUCAGUUUCCAAAAACAAUGCUUGUUUCUUCUGGGUUUUCCUGAGUGAGCCUGAUUUUGUUGCUGUGUUUCAUCUAUCAGGGUAAAAAGAGUACCCUUAAAAUCCCUGUGGCCAGUUUGAACACCCCUGUUGUAUUCUUUUCUCUGUUCAAUGUGUUGGCAAUUUUAUGAACAUGCUUAGAUGUAUAGUUUUGAUAACCACAGUUUUAAGUCCUUUAUCUGUGCAUAAUAAAAAAGAUACAUAUCAAUUUA